ACAUGGCGCAGGCUGAAAGGCGUUGCUGAGCUUCUGGGGGAAUAACAGAUCAGUUGCAAUUUCUGAAAAACGGUGAAACAGUAAAAUGCGAGUGUGAAAUGGUUUCACUCCCGAAGUCUUGGAUAACAACCGCUGCUCCAUUGAUGAUUAAAAGGAGACCAGAGGGCCUGAGAAAUUCCUGCAAUUGUAUUCAUAAACAUUUCUUUAGGACUCACAACCCUUGAGAGUUGCAUUUGAGAUUCUUAAAAACUCACGCACAUUUAUAUAAAAAAAACCCCAUGGGAAGAUGGCUGACAAAAAUAAAAGGGAAAACGUCCUCCCGACAGAAGUAUCCAGACUUCGAGAAGAACAUGAAAAGAUGGUCAGUGGCUGCCAAGACCAAAUUCGGCACUGGAAUAAGGUAGAGUGUGACUAUGAGGCUCUUCAGGAAAGGCUCAGUUCGUUGCCUGACAAACUGUCGUAUGAUAUUAUGGUACCAUUUGGCUCUCUUGCCUUCAUGCCAGGAAAACUUGUGCAUACAAAUGAGGUCACAGUAUUGCUGGGUGACAACUGGUUUGCAAAAUGCUCAGCAAAGCAGGCCAUUAACCUGGUGGAGCACAGGAAGAAACAUGUAAAAAGCGCACUUGAUGACUUAUACAAAGUAGUGAAGAAUUUUGAAGCCAGAGUGGGAUUCACAGAAGACCUUGAAAAACUGUCUGGUGGAAAGGAUGAUUUUGUGGACAUAAGAGAAGAGGUUGAAAAUGAAGAAAUCCUUACCAAAGGAAAACAAAGAACGGCCCACAAACCUAAUUCCAAACCAAAAAUCCAAGAUGUUUUUGAAGCCAGCAUUGAUGUUGAAGAGAAUGAUUCCAAAGGCAGGAGUGGUAUUCUAUCAGAAGAAAAGCUUUGGGCGAGACUGGAUGAACUUGAGGCACAAGAAGAACUGAUGGAUCAGCAAGUUCGAGUGACUGAUAACCCAUAUACAAAUGGAGAAGAUACGGCAUCCUCUUCAUCUGAGGAAGAGAAGGAAUGUCAAAAUAUGAAUUUAACCAGUGGCCUUCAUGAGAGGGAGGCUUGGCCUCCGGUGACUCAGGGAGACUCGCGUCUGAUCACAUGUCAGGUGAAUGGCACAGGGCAGCCUCACAGUGACGAUGACGAAGAUGUGGGGAGCUUUGUACCGACAAUCUAUUUCUUGCAUACUGUGGAGCAAAAAAGGGUCAGGAUAAACACAGGAAAGAACACCACACUGAAAUUCAGCGAGAGAAAGGAGGAGGCCAAGCGAAAGAGGAAGAACAGCACAGGGAAUGGCCAUUCUUUACACGAACUCCCGAAGAUCAAAACACCAGCAGAUAUUUACAGAGUGUUUGUUGAUGUUGUGAAUGGAGAGCUGAUUCCUCGGAAGUCCAUCCUGAAGUCUCGCAGCCGGGAGAACAGCGUGUGCAGUGACACCAGCGAAAGCAGCGCAGCAGAUUUUGAUGACCGCAGGGGGUUCAGUCGUAGUUUGAGCCACGAUGAGGCCACACACAGUGACACCAGUGAAAGCAUCCUAGAAGAGGAAAACUCACCCAGCAAACCUCUUCCCAUGCUAGGAGUCUACGAAGCCUUUUCAGGAACAGUGGUUGAAAAGGACCCCAUAUUGCCAUCAGUCAUCCCUCACCUGACCAUCAGUCCUCCGGCCCUUCCCACGAUCCCUGAGAGGAAAUGUGAGGAGAUUCCCCCUGAGGCUCCUCAGCAGCCCUCCAAGAGGGUCUCUAAGUUCAAGGCUGCCCGCAUGCAGCAGCAGAAAUAACUGCACUUAGCUUGGCUCAAGCCAUUUUUAGCUUUAUUUUUUUAAUGCAACACUUUUAAACCAAGCAGGUGUCAUCUGUCUGCACUGUUCUGUUCUCUUUUUUCCCACUUGAUCAUAUUUUUUUUUUAGUCUUUUUCACAGGUUUGCUUUCAGCUUCUACGGAUGUGCUAUUUUUGUGAAAGCCAGCUGAAAUGUAGAAGGGGUUUUACCCUCGCACUUUUGUAAUUCUAACUCCUAUAUUAAGGCAUUAUUAAGAAUGCCAAAUGGCAGAGCUGUGGUACACCACAGAGCAAUCCUUGUACAUUAAGGGUACAAAACUGCCUAGAGCCCCAGUGUCUUGUUGUUAUUGUUGUAAUUUGGGCAGUUCCUUAGUCUUAUUAAUGUGAUUUAAUCAAGUGCUUUUUUCUUGUCUUCACUCAGUGAGGAUUAUUUUUCUGCUGAGUUGUGGUACCUGUUAUAUACAGACUUUUAAGACCAGUAGUUGAGCUUGUUGCUGGUUUAUCACUCUUCAGUCAGUAAGCAUGAUUUAUGUGGUAAUUCAGUCUCAUGUACACCAUGUAUUGACUGAAUAGUUUUACAUGUAACUGUUAAUUGCAUAAGGAUAUUUGGCUUGAGUCUAUUUUCUUCUCUUCUCCAAUAGAAGGCUAAAAUCAAUCCUAGGAUUUGUUUUGUAUGUUUUCAUUUCAGCACAGUCCUGUGCGUGCACUUAACAAAUAUAUAUAUAUAUUUUUGCCUGUUCCUUUGAUCUAUGUCUGCUAUAGUUACAAUGGCUGAUUUCAGCUGAAGAGGAGAAAAUUGUUAGUCAAGUACUGUAACUCAAAGAAUAAGUGAAAUAAAUGAACUUUCUCAGUAGUGUG